AUGGUUCAAGUUCCCGUUCAAACCCUCCACCGGGACCCCCAGUUGCUAUACUGGAUCCUGUUCCCCAUCACGAUUGUCAUGAUCUUGACCGGUGUUCUCCGCCAUUACGCUGCCGUUUUCCUCGCCACCGCCCCCAAGAAGCUCGAGAAGCCCGCGAUGCGCGAGCAGCGCGCCCUCCUCCACGGCAUCAGCGUCAAGAAUAACUUCCACGUCCUCUCGCGCCGCUCCUUCGAGGCCCGCCGCGACUACCUCAUCCCCGCCUUCGAGUCGGGCGCUUUCCUCAAGGACCCGGACAGGAAGGGCCAGCCUGCCCCCAACCCCUCACUGACCCGAGUGCCAUGGACGGCAUGA